AUGUCGCCUCUUUCAGCGGAAACAACUUCCUCGUGCUCCGAUACGGAAUGGCAAGAACAGAUGCAGGGCUUCGACGAUCUAUAUGAUGCCACAGAUGAAGAAGAUAUGGACGACGACCAUUCCACCGACAUCAGUGUUAGUGACAGCUGCUUUUCCGCGCCAGGAACUAGGCCCUCCAGCUUGGUGACACCAAUUACCCGGAAUUCCGUGACCUCGACGGGGAGUAACCGCAAACGCGCGCUGACUCUCGAUAUCCCAUCGUCGCCGUCGGCAUGGCACUCCGUGAACGCGACAUGCAAGUUGAACUCCCCCAUUCCUCCGACUCCUCCGCCAAAGAUUCCAGUUUCGCCCGCGGCACUCUCGAUGCUCGCUCGAUCAGUACCUGCUUCUCAUGCCCCGCCCUCGCUUGAUGGCAGUAUAUCCUCCGACCAGGAGUCUAAUCUCAGUGCACUCGCUACCCCGGAUACCCACUCGCUUCCGGACACGAACUGGGAUGUGCAUGAUAUCCAUGUUCGACCUGAUCUGGAUGAAAGUGAUCGUGGUGACCUGCAAAGCGAAGGCUCCAGUCCUAAUCUUGAGGAAGUUCCAAUUGCCCUUGAGAGUCCCCAUCCGGACUGGAGGAAUGUUCUCGGCCAGUUCCCUCAAAUCCCUUCGACUUUGGCAAAUGAUGCGACGGAGGAGCUAUCUCGGGAGCCAACUCCGUCGGAUGGCGGACUCUUCCUACCUGAUAGUGCGCUGGCUAUGCUUCAGCAUAUUCCUCUCAAUGGUACACCCGAGGCAUGGUCUGAGACAUCAUCAAGUAACGAUGAGAUGUGGCAGCUUCAAGCACCUCCUAGUCGACCACGCAGUGCCGAGGGAGCUACCCCGGCUUCGGAAUUGUCAUCGUACAGCUUCAGUGAACUGAGUAUCCCUUCCCCAGGAGGAUUCUUUGCUUCGCUUGCCCCGCGUGCCCGUCACACCUGGUCAAUCCCGAAUCACAAUCAUCCACCAACGUCCGCUACCGCCGAGGGCUUUUACAAUCUGCCAUGGCGUCAGGAGCAAGGUGAAAUUGUCGAACAGGUGGUUGAAUGGCCCGACCGUCCUGAAGAAGAUGACCCAGACACUGCCAUCCGCGAUGAUCCUCUGACUGCGAUCCGGGUUCCCUGCGACACGCCGACUCAGGCUCAACACGCUCAUCCUCGCGAUAGCCCAAUCAGUGCUACCUUCGAAGCAGUUCAAGAGAUCCCUCGCUCAGCAAAUGCCUAUGAGUACGAUGAGUGUUACGACAGAGACCUGCAGGACCGUGCUGCCGACAACCUUGACCGCACCAGUGUUUGGCUCGCGGCUCAAGCAACCUACAUGUCUGCCUUGAAUGAAACCAACCCUGUCAAUGAGAUCGAAUCUCCCGAGGAGACUCCGGAUAUCGAAUAUGAAGAGGUCCUUCGCGAUCCCGAGGCCGGCCCCAAGAAAGCAGUUCGUUUCGUGGAAGGUAUACCAGAAGCUAUCAGUCCUCGGCCACCUAUACUAUUUAGCAAGGAUUCGAUCUACUGGCGAGGGUUCCAAUCCAUUCGACAGCGAGCAGACAAGAUGGAUGGCUUCCUCCAUCGCAACAUGCGCUUUGAUGCGAUUCAAUCAUUCCGUUUGGGAUUGGUCGACAUGCACAUAAAUUGUCUGACGGGCAAAUAUGAGCUCGUCCGCGCUGAGCGACCAGCAUACAAGGGCCCAUUCUCAAAGGCGCCUCGCAACUCAAUCAUCACCACAGUCCUCGCUGAGAAGGCACAAUUUUCAAAGCUUGAGAAGGAGCAGCUCGUCCUGGCACAGCUCUGUCAACCUAUGUGGGCGAUCGAUGCUAUGCGCUGCCUCAAUGGCGGCAAACUACUUACCAGCCCUGCGGCGAAACAAGUCAAUCGAAGCCGUCGGUCGUCAAAAAACACUGAUGGACAGAAGCGACGUGCCAUUCGGAUCCUAGACCUCGGCGGUCAUUCCUCUUGCGAGUGGGCCUGGCAUGCUGCACAUGAAUUCCCCCAUGCAAAGGUCUACUCUGCCGUUACGGAGACUCAGGUCGUGAACAGUGGCAUCAAAGGCCCUCGCAACCACCGGACCGUCUCGGUAGCGAAGCUUUGGGAACUCCCAUUCAAGAAUAGCCAGUUCGAUGUCAUCAGCACACGCUCUUUGCACGCUCUUCUGAAGACCGAGUGUCCCGCUGGCCUUGACCGAGAUGAGUACGACUUGGUCUUGAAGGAGUGCCGUCGAUGCCUCAAGCCUGGCGGAUACCUUGAAUUCAUGCUCUUGGAUGCAGAGAUAUCCCAUCCGGGUCCACUGGCCGCGGCAUCAUCGGUCGAGUUUGCUUUCAACCUCCGCACUCGCGGCUACGAUCCUGCAGCAUCGAAGAGCUUCCUUUCCCGACUGCGUGGUGGCGGCUUCGUUGACAUCAAGCGCGCAUGGAUGUACCUACCCAUGGGCAUGGAGCCCAGCGAGCCGCAAAUUCCACGCGAAGCUCCUGCCCCCGUGUACUGA